GACACGGAUCAUGAGGCAGACACAAGGCAAGAUAAAGCGCAGGAUGGAAGAGGCAGAGAGAGAACGAUGUCGUGUGGCAUUGUCUUGUUGUGGAGAGUGUGGGAGCGGAGACAUUGCCCAGGAGCUGCUGUGACCGAGGGAUCUGGAAUGCUGGCGUGUCUGGAGGCUGAUUCAUUGGGGUGCUGGCAAUUGCAGAUCUGCCUGAGCGCUGAUUCCUGACCUGGCGAGGGAUAAACUUAAGAGAGGUGAUGGCUGAAGGCAGAUUUUAUUUUAUUGCGCCUGUUUGAAAGUUAAGAUUUCGGGGCGUUUACGGAAGGCAGUCAGACUUCAUACAGCCACAAGGCUGGAGCAUUUUUUACCCGAUGCUAAAGUACACGUUCUGAGCUCAGGCUGAGGCUGUUUCAGUUCUCGUGGCUUUCUGAGUUCUUGACCUUACACGCGGCUGUCUGUGGGGGCUCCCCCAGCAGACUGAUCUCUGCGGAAGAGCUUUUGAACCUUUAACCGAGCGAAUCCCCUGACCUAGAAAAGUUGACGAGAGCGGAUGGAGGGAGCGAUCAGGAAAAGAUGAAGAAAGAGAAGUGUCAGGGAGACAAGAUGAUAACCAGGGAGAAAUACGGCUGUCCCGAGGACCAGGACUGGGAAGAGACUCCCGACAGCAAAUCUGGUCCAAUUGUGAAGAAACACCAGCACAAGCACAACUUGAAACACAGGUACCAGAUCCUGCAGACCCUGGGCAGGGGAACCUAUGGAAAAGUCAAGAAAGCACAGGAGACUGCCACAGGCAGGACAGUAGCUAUUAAAUCUGUCCGAAAGGAUAGGGUUCAAGAGGAACUGGAUCGGAUCCACAUCCAGCGAGAAAUGGAGAUCAUGUCAUCUCUUAACCACCCUAAUAUCAUACGCAUUAAUGAAGUUUUUGAAAAUAAGGAUAAAAUUAUCAUUAUAAUGGACUACUGCAGUAAUGGUGAAUUGUACGAUUAUGUAAACGAGCAUCAUAGGCUUUCGGAGAAUGAAGCACGCAAAGCUUUUAGGCAAAUCGUCUCAGCAGUUCACUACUGUCAUAAGAAAGGAAUUGUGCAUCGUGACUUGAAACUAGAGAACAUUCUCCUGGAUGAAAACUUUAACAUAAAGCUCGCUGACUUUGGGUUGUCAAAUUUGUAUCACAAGGAUCAGCUGUUGGAGACAUACUGUGGAAGCCCCCUUUAUGCCUCACCUGAAAUAGUGAAUGGAUUCCCAUAUCAAGGACCUGAGGUUGAUUGCUGGGCCUUGGGAGUUCUGCUGUACACACUGGUGUGUGGAACGAUGCCAUUUGAUAGUAGGACUUAUAAAACUUUAGUACAGCAGAUCAGUCACGGAGAAUACAAGAAAGCUCACCAGAGUUCUGAUGCCUGUGGCCUGAUUGAUUGGAUGUUAACAGUAAACUCAGAGAAACGUGCAACAAUUGAAGAUAUUGCGAACCAUUGGUGGGUCAACUGGGGCUAUGAUACAAAAAUUUGCGAUUGUAGCUCUGAUAAAGACUGUCACUCACCACUACUGGCUCGUUAUAUUGACUGGCAAAACAGGGAAGGGUACACAAAUCAAGGGAUGAAGGAAACUGAAAAUAUACGAGGAGGGGAGAGUUCUGGGCAUGAGAUUCCUACCCAUUUAACAGAGGCUAGGCAAAAGGCUUGUUUAAAGAAGUCAAAAAAAGAAAAUGAUAUGACACAACCACAAGAUGUGAAACUGCAGAAAUCAACUUCCAAAGAUGCAAAGAGAAAACCGAAGGGGAUUCUAAAAAUUAGGAGCAGCUUUGACAAUGACCUUCUUUCACCUGCAGUUAUGGAUAUACAAUCACAAUGGACUGAAACCAGCACAACCAUCAUAAGACCUGUAAACACCUUUCACAAGGUGCACACAGUGCAAACUACAGUCUUCACUAGCAUGCCAAAGAAAGGGAUCCUAAAGAACUCAUACCAAAGAGAGUCUGGUUAUUCUUCUUCUCCAGAACGCAGUGAAUCUAUAGACAGGGAUACAGCUGCCAUUCCCUCCAAAGCAGGUGGCAAAGAGUCAGAAAUGCCUUCAACAGGAGAGGUUAAAUACAGGAAAAAAGGAAUUCUGAAACGCAAUGGAAAGUUUUCCAUUAGUCUAGAUUUGCCAGAUGAUUUUUCAUCACUAAAACUUUCUGCUUCUUUAAAGGACCUGAUCUUUUCAAAUGGGAGACAUCAGAGAAGUGUGAGCCGCCCCUCUAGUGUAAUUAGUGAUGACAGCAUACUUUCUAGUGACUCAUUUGACCUUCUAGAUCUCACAGCAGAAGGCAAAAGAAGACUCUUCACUCAGAGUAAACAUGGUAGCAUUUAUAGUUCAGCUUCAGAGGAAGAUUUGUUGGAGCUGCAUAAAACAGAAGAAGUAGAACCACAGACUGUCAGAAGGAAUGGAAACUCUAGAAAAGAUAAUAUCGGGAAAAUUUUCUCAAUAAUGGAACUUGAAGAUACACAGGACAUUUAUAAUAAGGCCCAGGAGAUCUGUAAUAAUUUAAAGGAAAAGUGAAUGGGCUAUGGGUACGACGCUCCAUAAUCUGUAGCCAAAAAUUAUUUCCACUGAAGUAAUAAGGAAGAUGUCAUCCAUGAGGCAUAUCAAGAAGAAAGUGUUAUAGCGAAGUAAUUAAAUGUAUUGUCACUUUUCCUUGAGGAUAAGGGGACUUGCUACCAGAAAUCUGUUUAUGUUAGUGAUGAUGCUAAAAUGUUAAGCAGUUCUGUGAAUUAUUUACAUGCAUAGUUUGCUAAGAUUGAAUUCAGAAUAUUGACUAUUCAAUGAACGUAAUCAACCAAAUGAGCGAUUUUCCAAAACCAUAGUAUGAAAUGCUGAGUGUACAAUUGUAUUACUCAAAAUGGCUCUUGAUUUAUACAUAUGUGCCUGAGUCAGUACUAUGGCAGAUAAUCUUAUGUGCAAAUGAUCUGUCUGAGAAGUUGACCAUGAUUGCCAUCUUACAACAGUGGAACAAAAAACUAUUAUUAAGCUUCAAAAUCAGGCUAUUACAUUUGGAUAUGUUCUAACAAUGGAGCCUAACUGCAUUCUAAAACUGGCAGGUAUGAUUGGUAACAAAGCAGAAGCUUCAAUAAUGGGUCAAAUAAUGGACUCAUUUUCAGGAGUAAAUUAGAGGAUUACCUCUAUGAUAAUAACCUAGUAAGCAGGAGCAAAUAUAGGUAGGCUCUUCCCAUUCUAAAUCUAACAACCUUCUUGUUUUUGAAGAAAAUAACAUUCCAUGUCGACCUUGGAAAGUGCUGUAAUAUGGUGCACCUGGGCUUCCAAAACUUCCUGAAACACUGCUAGUUAAAAUCAAAGCAGUGAUGAUUGAGAAAUGAAUUUGGGAAUAGAUAAAUAUUGGUUGAAGAUUAGAGAGCACUGGAUUAUUUGCUAAAGGGGGAAUUGGUGGGACUAUGGAGUGAGAUACCUCAGGGAUCAGUGCUAGGGCUCAUUUUGUUUCUCAUUUGGAUUAAUCAUUUGGAGUCAGAAACUGAAUAAAAGUUGGUACCAUCUAAACAUUUGAGCAAACUAGGAGAAACAUUUGAUUCUCAUGAUUCAGCUCAUGUGUUGGACAAAAUAUAUAAGUGGGCAGACACAAUGCAGAUUAAAUUUAAUAUGCAAAAGUGUAAAGCACUGCUUCUGACAAGCUCCUCAUAUGGACCAUAGAAAACAAGUAAAAUAAGUACAAAAUAUGUCACUUUCACUAGUACAUAUCAGUAAGCCUAUAAUAUGUACCAAUAAAUGAUGGAACUUAAUGCUAUAUAGGUGUGUGAAAAAAUAUUAAAUUAGUUUAUUCUGUAAAGCACUACACUAGGAAGAAAAAGUAAGUAACAUAACAGUAGACAUGAAUGGUGUUGAAUAGUUAAUAAUUAAGUUGAAGAUUAGGGCUGUUAGCAGAUCUGACAGCCAAUCUGCCCAACCACUAUAGAACAGCAAUCAAUAAAAUGUUACAAUCCCUGUGGGGAAACUAUAGAACAAAAUAACUAAACAACCUCUAAAUGAAUAAAUUACCAAUAAGAUUUCACUUCGUAACUUUAAUACAAAUCAGGAUCAACAUGAAUUAACAAGUAACUUACGGUCGGUACAACCUAUAAAUGAUACAUGGAAUAGCAGAUACAACAAGGCUACCUCACAAGAUUAAAAGCAUUCGCAUCACUCCCCAUGCAAAUGUGGCAGUACAUGCAAUAUCUCAGUAUUUUCAAUAUGCAAAAGUCUACCCCAUACCUUGGAUCUCACUUUUCUCACUCAAUAGUUUUGGGGCUUUAGUCACCUGCAACAGUAGCUCCAUUCCUUCUGAGUUUCUUGGAGACAGCCAUCACUCAAACAGCAUACUCCUGCAGAACGUCUUUAGCUAGGUUCAUGACAGUCUUGAUGGCACAGAUUGCCCAGAGACUCCUUUAGUUAACUCUUUAAUAAACCUUAAACAGUCUAGUCAGCUCUGGCAUAACUGAAGCACAGCUGUAGAAUUAUCCAAUUCACAAUCUCUGUUAUAAUUUUGUCUUCGCCUUCCUGUCCCUUUUAACUUUAUACACAAAGCUCCUUCUAAAUGUGCUUUCACUGUUCUUCCCCUGCUGCAGCUGCUUUGCCUCUGGUCACAUGAGCGUGCAGAUCAUAGCUUCCUUCCUGUUGAUACAGUUUCCAGAUCAAGGGUCAAUAUGUCACAGGGACCAGUAUUAAGAAAUUACAACUGAUCCUUUUACAAUUGAUGCAAGCUCUCAAAAGUAUUCUUGAAAAAUUCUUGAAACCAAUUACAGAUUUCCUAGACAUUUUAGAGAAAUUACAGAUUUUCAUUACUGUACUGUUUCUCGGCCAAAAUUCAUCACAAAAAACAAAUAGAAUGCUGCACUAUAAGCCCAAGACAGUAACAUACAAAUUAUAUAGUUAGACCAGACCUCAAGUAACUAACUGUGCUGAGUAAAAACACUGCAGAACAUAUACUCAUAGAUUCCACAUGUUAAAGUAUAAAAUAAAUUUGGAUUGUUCUACA